UUGUGUUGUAUACACAAACGCAGGUUCGGAGUCUCUCGGGCUUCAGAAAUGAGAGAAAAGGCUACUUGACUGUGUCUGCAGCUCCUCCAUUUCUGUUCUCCAGUUUAUAUCGUUGUGGCAUUCGGGCCGUAACUGUUUAAAACUUGGAAUUACUUGCGCGUCUUCCUCUGAAACCAAGCUAUCACUCAUUUGGUGUGAAACAUUAUUUUGCGAAACCUCACAAAACAAUGUCAACAGUAAAGAUACAAGUUGGUUCUGUGGUCGAAAUGAAGGGAGAUGAGAUGACCAGAGUUAUUUGGGAACUGAUUAAAGAGAAACUCCUCUUUCCUUAUUUGGAGAUGGAUCUACACAGUUAUGACCUGGGUAUUGAGCACCGUGAUGCUACCGAUGAUCAGGUGACUAUUGAUGCUGCUGAAGCUAUUAAAAAAUAUAAUGUUGGAAUAAAAUGUGCCACCAUCACACCUGACGAGAGCCGAGUGAAGGAAUUUAAACUAAAGAAUAUGUGGAAAUCACCCAAUGGGACCAUCCGCAACAUCCUUGGUGGCACAGUAUUUCGAGAGGCAAUCAUCUGUAAGAACAUUCCAAGACUUGUAUCUGGCUGGAUCAAGCCAAUCAUCAUUGGACGCCAUGCAUAUGGAGACCAAUAUAGAGCUACAGACUUUGUUGUGCCUGGUCCCGGUACAGUUGAAAUCAAGUACAUACCCAUUAAUGGCGAGCCUGUUACCUAUGCUGUUCAUAACUUCAAAGAUGGUGGAGGAGUUGCUCUGGGAAUGUACAACACUGACAGCUCUAUUAGGGAUUUUGCUCAUAGCUCCUUCCAACAAGCUCUUGCUAAAGGUUGGCCAUUAUACAUGAGCACAAAGAAUACCAUACUGAAGCGAUAUGAUGGACGAUUCAAGGACAUAUUCCAGGAAAUCUAUGAAAAACAAUACAAAGCACAAUUUGAGGCCAAAGGAAUCUGGUACGAGCAUAGGCUAAUUGAUGACAUGGUAGCUCAAGCAUUAAAAUCUGAGGGUGGUUUUGUUUGGGCCUGUAAGAAUUAUGACGGCGACGUGCAAUCUGACUCUAUUGCACAAGGAUAUGGUUCAUUGGGAUUGAUGACAAGUGUUUUAAUUUGUCCUGAUGGCAAGACGGUAGAAGCCGAGGCUGCCCAUGGCACUGUAACACGUCAUUACCGAAUGUACCAACAGGGCAAAGAGACCUCAACUAAUCCAAUUGCUUCAAUCUUUGCCUGGACUCGAGGAUUAUCUCAUAGAGCAAAGCUGGAUGGCAACUCUGCACUGCAGAACUUUUGUACGACCUUGGAAAAUGUAUGUGUAGAAACCAUUGAGUCUGGUUUCAUGACUAAAGAUUUAGCUGCAUGUAUCAAAGGUCUGCCAAAUGUUCAACGGUCUGACUUUCUGAAUACUUUCGAAUUUAUGGACAAACUUGCGGAGAAUCUUAAACUGAAGCAAAUGUCUUCACACAAGCUUUAAAAUGUACUUUAUAUGUAUUGUUAACCUGUACUGUUAAUCAUGGCUAAUGUACACUACACUGUUUAAUCAUGGUUGCUUCAGUGCAUUGAAUGGUCAAAUGUCUUGUUCCAUGUCAAACCUAUCUUUUGAGGAAUGAGCUGAAUAUAUUAAGAGCAUUUAGGAAUUGCUAUAUCAAGCAGAUCAGAACACUUGUAAAACAUUGCAUAUUAGAAUUGAGCUACUGGAAAAGUUGCUGGUUUGAUCAUGACUUGUUUUCACUGAGUAAUUGAAGUAUAAAUAUUAUGUACUGUUUACAGUGAGACUUUCACUACAGCUAUAAACAAGUAAGGCACAAGUUAAUUACAAUUCAUAUCUAGGAGAAAAUUAAUUACUUGCAAAAAUGGAUGUAAUAUAAUCUUCAGUUGAUGUUUAAUUUAUCAACUUUUAAGCAAAGGAAGGAAAUAAUUAAAAGGAUUUUGGGUUUAUGGGCCAUUCUGUAUACUUCCAAAAUGGUUUAAAUUCAAAGAUUCAAAUUCUGACUAUAGUACUCCAUUUGAUCACUAGAAAUGGCCUAACUUUUUUCUCUGUCUGGAAACUAAAGUGGUAAAGAGAGAUCAGAACUCUUAAUUGAGGCUAAUGUUUCAAAAAUUCUUUUGUUGGACUACUGAAGUAUAUAAUUAUUUUACAAUUGCACAUUAAUAUUUACUAUUCAAAUACAAAAAAAAUUCAUUGAG